UCUUUUGACCUCUAACUUAAUGGAGAAACCCUUCAGUUAACCGAACGUUCGUAUUUUGAUGUUGAGCGCCUCGACUGGACUGUCGCGCAUUCUUACGCGCCGUCGCGGAACGGAUUGCUCAUCCCGCUGCAAGAUGGCGCUAACUUCUGCCGCCCGGUAGAAUCCCAUCGAUCUCUAGAAGAUAAGUUUUCUCUCCGGAAGAUGGGUUUAUUGUUAUUCUGUUAUUAUUUAUUGAUAAACUGAGACUUGCCUAAUAAUUUUCCGUACGUUAUCUAUUCGGAAUGUUUUUGUGAUAUUUUCUUAAUUUGUUUUGCCUUUCUGUUUCGAUUUCUCGGCUUGUGUUUACAGGUGGAUGGAAGACGCAUGAUAAAAACGCGGCGUACAUCGAUUAGAAGGAGAAAGAUAGCUUUGGCAGAGUAUGGAUGUGAUUUAUAUUCAUAGAGAAGAAUGCUCGUAAAGGAGUAUCGAAUCCCUCUGCCCCUCACAGUUGAGGAGUAUCGAGUUGCCCAGCUGUAUAUGAUAGCGAAAAAAAGCCGACAAGAAAGUAAAGGUGCUGGUAGCGGUGUUGAAAUUCUUGUAAAUGAACCAUAUUCUGAUGGGCCUGGUGGCAGUGGGCAGUAUACUCAUAAAGUUUAUCAUGUUGGAAGUCAUCUUCCAGGAUGGUUCAAAGCUCUGUUGCCAAAAUCUGCUUUGACAGUAGAGGAGGAAGCAUGGAAUGCCUAUCCAUAUACAAAAACAAGAUAUACGUCCCCAUUUGUAGAAAAAUUCUUUUUAGAAAUAGAAACAAAAUAUUUUGGAGAUGCAGGUCAACAAGAAAAUGUCUUCAAUCUAACUGGCAGUGAUUUGAGGAAUCGUAUUGUUGAUUUGAUUGAUGUUGUGAAAGAUCAGUUGUACGGAUCAGAUUAUGUACAGGAAGAAGAUCCUAAGCUUUUUGUGUCAUCUAAAACCAGUCGAGGACCACUUAAUGAUGACUGGAUUGAAGAAUAUCGUAAUGAUAACAUUCCAGAAGGAAAAGCUGUGAUGUGUGCCUAUAAACUAUGUCGUGUUGAAUUUAGGUAUUGGGGCAUGCAGACAAAAAUUGAAAAGUUUAUUCAUGAUGUUGCACUGAGAAAAACUAUGCUGCGUGCUCACAGACAGGCAUGGGCUUGGCAAGAUGAGUGGGUGGGUCUCACUAUGGAGGACAUUCGACGAUUGGAAAGAGAAACUCAAGAAGCUCUUGCAAAAAAGAUGAACAACGAUGAAGAGCAGCCACCAUCUGUACAUCCUAGUCCUUCUGCCCUUUCAGGACAGGAAGUUGAUUUAACUGCAAUUGACAAAGAUAAAGAUAAUGAAUCUUGUGUACGAUUGGAUGGGAGCCCAUCUCCUAAUAGAGCUCGAAAGCCACGAAAUCUCUCAGUGGCUAAUAUAAAUGAAGAUAUCAUUGCAGAAGAUGGAAGACAAAAACUUUGGUCUAGGAGUGGCUCUAGGACAGCUCUUUGCUCUCCUAGUGGUAGUUCAAAUGCCAGUUUUGAUCUGCAGUUGGCUAACUGGAGGAUGGAAAGUAUUGUACGGGAUUCAGAUACCAGCUCAGAUGAAUUUUUUGAUGCAGAAGAAAAUGUGAUUGAAGCUCUAACUUUAGCUCGAUGGAGUUCGGUAGAUAUGAUUCCUGAUGAAGAUGAAAAAGAACAAAGUGUACCUGAGGCAACUGAUUUUAGAGAUGAUAACAUAUUUUCCAACUUUUACAUCAAGAAAGUACAGACUGAGCAUGCAAAUGCUCGACCACCAAGUGUUGGGUCUGCAGGUGCAGUUACUCGUAGCAGUUUGGAUGCAUCAUUGCCCUCUACACCUACAGCCUCUCCAGCUCAUCAGUCUUCAUGCACUACUACAGUUUUGGCACUAGUUCUGCAUGCUGGCAGUGUGCUGGACUCUGGUCUUGAACCAACUGCUAACAAGAAGACUGAUGUUAAUACUUUUGCCACUUCUUUUGAAGCAGUUAUGAAACAGCACUAUCCUGCACUUCUUAGCCAUUUAACUAUUCGCCUUGUUCCUUGUGCUGCUGUAUGCUCUGAAGCUCUCGCAGUUCUGUCUAACUUAAGCCCAUAUAGCUUCCAAUCUUCUCCAUCAGCAGUGGAAGUAAUUUAUCAUUCAUAUGAUUCAAUACCCCUUGGAGCAUUGCCCCUUUUUGCUGUAUCUUCUCCAGAAUACCAAGAAACUGUUACAGCUGUGAUCAAUGCAUCAAAUGAAGUUUACAGAGGGUUUUUACGCUCAGAAGAAGGAACUGGAUUCAGUGGGCAGGUAAUUAUAGUUGCAGAUAGUGUAGCUUCUUUGAUGGCAUAUGAUGCUCUCUGUCGUAAUGCAAGGUAUGAAGGAAGAUUUGGCAGUGAAACAAGUAUAAAUGAUCCAGAGGCUGCUCAAUCACAGACAUCAAAUACUCGAUCUAAUCCUUUGAUAUCUAUCAGUGAUGGAGGUUCAGUGGAUGAAAGUCAAGAUAGCACAGCAGAUCCAAAAUCUCGUCAGACAGCAAGAAUAUAUCGUAAAUCGCACUCCCAUCCUCAAGAAUCAGAACCUCCUCACUGUGAUAAUGUUCAGGUUAAUCGCUUAUUGUCUGCACCUAAUACGAGGCGUCACAGCUCAGCUUCUAAUGACCCAAGUUCUCACUCAAAAUUUGAAUUUGAAGUGAGUGACUUUUUCAUGUUUGGAAGCCCUCUGGGUACUGUCCUAGCAUAUAGAAAAAUGCUCACUUUUGAUGACAAGAACAAUCCCCCUCCUCGGCCGUCCUGUAACCAAGUGUACAACUUGUUUCAUCCAACAAAUCCAUGUGCAUCACGCAUUGAACCACUUCUAAGUGCUCGAUUUGCCCAACUAUCUCCCAUUAACAUUCCUAGAUACCAAAAGUAUCCUUUAGGAGAUGGGCAACCUCUUCAUCUGUUGGAAUACAUACAGACCUAUCCUCAUCUUUUCUUAGAAGGUCAAAGUGGAAGGCGAACUAGUGAAGCUAGUAUUGCCAGUACAAUGUCUGGAAUGAUUGAUAUUGUGCCCAUAACUACUGUGGCAUCAUUGACUCAGCGAUGGUGGGGCCCCAAAAGAUUGGAUUAUGCUCUUUAUUGUCCUGAAGGUUUAUCUAAUUUUCCAACUAAUGCUCUUCCUCAUUUAUUCCAUGCUAGUUAUUGGGAAUCAAAUGAUGUCAUAGCAUUCAUCCUGAGACAACUGAUGCGUUCUGAUGGCUUAGGUAUGCCUGGAGAAACUGAGAAAGAAGUAGCUGCUUUCAUACCAACACAACCGAGAGAAAAGUGGAUCAAGAAAAGGACCUCAGUAAAACUGAAGAAUGUAACUGCUAAUCACCGAGCAAAUGAUGUGAUUGUUAAAGAAGGGUCACCGCAAAUUAUUUCUGCUCGUUUCAUGUAUGGACCUUUAGACAUGGUUGCUCUUACUGGUGAAAAGGUUGAUAUUCAUAUUAUGAAGGAUCAACGUAGAGGAGAAUGGACAUUCUUGACUACAGAAGUUACAGAUAAAAAUGGCCGCCUUUCUUACACUAUCCCUAAAGAUCAAGCUUUGGGUUAUGGAAUGUUCCCAGUUAAAUUAGUGGUUCGGGGUGACCAUACUUCAUUAGAUUUCUUUCUAACAGUUAUUCCACCUAAAACAGAAUGUGUAGUUUUCAGCAUUGAUGGUUCAUUUACUGCAAGUGUAUCCGUCACUGGCAAAGAUCCUAAAGUUAGAGCUGGUGCUGUUGAUGUUGUAAGGCACUGGCAAGACCUAGGAUAUUUAAUAAUAUAUAUAACUGGGCGACCUGACAUGCAGCAGCGCAGAGUUAUGUCUUGGCUUUCCCAGCACAACUUUCCUCUGGGCCUGGUUUAUUUUGCUGAUGGCUUAUCCACUGAUCCUCUGAGGCAUAAAGCAGAAUAUCUGAAACGUUUACAGACAGAAGCUGAAGUAAUAAUUCAUUGUGGAUAUGGCUCAAGUAAGGAUAUUUCUGUAUAUUCCAGUGUUGGCUUGCGUGCAGAUCAAAUUUAUGUUGUUGGAAAAGCUUCAAAAAAGCAACAUACAGCGGCAAAGAUACUGACAGAUGGAUAUGCAGCUCAUCUUUCUGAUUUGAAAGCACCAGGAGCUUCAAGGCCAGCUCAAGGUAAUGCACGUAUGAUUUUGUUUCGUGGCUGUUUUGGCUUACCUGGACAAACUGGAUCCACAAUACGGCAGCGACGCUCUGCUAAGAGAACUACAUCUUUUCCACUUUCUGGACAGAGUCAGGACUUACGCUCUGCCAUAGAUAAGACUAGUGAUGUCUCCAGAGGAUCUGAAACCUCACGGCAAUAGCAAUUCACAUGCAUAGAAUAUUUUUUGUUUGUUUGUUUUGUUUUGUUUUUUUGUUUAAGGAAGAGAAAAAUUCCACAAUUAUCACUAUUAUUUAUCCAUACUGCUAACUUCUUUAAUCACCAUUUGCUGUCUGAAAUUUCUUAAAUUACAGAUGGAAUCUUUUAUAUUUAUGCUAUAAAAAGAAAAUGGAUUGUUUAUUAAUUAAAAAACAGCAUUCAUUUAUUCUGCCAAAGAUAAUUUAAAAUAUGUUUUUAUAUAUAUUUAUGUUUGUUUUGUAACACUAAAUAUUGCUAACAAAAAUUUCAUACACAUUUCUUGUAUAUGUGGUUCUUUUAACCAUUAUCACCUAGUUGCGUUGAUCCUCAAAGCAGUAGCAACUUUGCCUAAUAUAUGUACAUAACAAAUGUAUAAAGUGUGUAAAUAUGUGCUUGUCAUUUUAAUGUUAAUAUAAAUAUUUCCCAGACCAAAUGCUGAUUUAUUAAGAGUGAAAAUAUAUCACUUAUAAUCAUCUGCUGCUGUGUAAUUCACUUGCUACUUUUAUACAAAACACUUUGUAGCAUAUUUUUGUCUAUCUGUACUGAAUGUAAAUGAAAUGCAGUUUUUUGUGAAUAAAAAAUUUUCAACCAUUUUCUCAAAGGUCUAAUUAAGUAAUGAGAAAUAUAAGAGCUAAAAAAUUUAAAUAAUUUUAUUAACAGCUCAAAAUUGAACAUUAUUCUAUGAUUUUUUUUUUUUUUUUUUUUUUUUUUUUAAACUAGUCAUCAUUUUGUAUGUUAGCAUUUUGCAGAGUUUAUUGGAAUAUUUGUAUAUUUUGAAAUUUAAUGGCAAGUGUAUUUUUAUAUAUAUGCAAACAAGUUUUACAGAAUAGGAACAGAAGAUCAUUUCCAUAAAAUAUUAUACUUGCUAUAUGUUAAAUAUAUUUAAUCAGUAAAAAUGUGUGUAGUUAAUAAAGCUAUUAUAUGCAUCACAGAUGCUUGCACCUAGAAUGUGACCAUUCAAUAAAAAUCAUUUUUGUUAAUUGCUGUUCUGUGUAGAGUAUAAAUAUAACUGUUUGUUAAUUUCAUCUUUUUAUUAAAUGUCUUGAUCAAAAUCCUCACAAAACUAGUUAACCAUUUUACAGCAAACAAAACCACUGACUAGUCUCUGAGUAUGUUCCUUUUGAAACCACAAGUCAAUAAUUGUGUGAAAAUGUCCUAUUCCAUUUUGUGAAAACUGAUGUUGUGUAUGUCAUCUGUAAGAAGAAUUUCAUUUCAUACAAAAAUGUAAAAUGUAGAGAAUGUGUAAAUGAUUUUAAAAUAUAUAUUUGUUAACUCACGGAUGAACAAAGUAACGCAAAAUAAAAUGUUAAGCAUA